AGUAAGUGAUGCUGUCUAUAUAAGAGGUUCCUGCAGCUUCCAGUACAGGCUCCUAGAUCUGAAGGGUGGGGAGCUGAGGUCAUCCUCUCUUGGUCUGGAUGUCAGUGCCUGGGACAAGAGGUCACUCUUAUUGAUCUGUGUACUCAGGGCUCUGCUGACAGAAAAGAGUGGGACUGUGAGAAGGACAGCAGCCUGUAUGGACUAAGAGGGCACAUGGAGCUGCACAUGCAUCACCCAGGAGUCCUGGUAGUCACCCUGCUGCUGGGGGCACUGGCUCAGAUCACCCCCUAUGUGACUGCCCUGGACAGAGACUAUUAUGUGGCUGCUGUCAUCACUGACUGGGACUACAGCAAUGGACAGGGAGACAGCUCUGAAUAUGUCUUUAAGAAAAUACUGUUCAGGGAAUAUGAAGAAGGUUUUCAGAAAGAAAAGCCUGCAUCCAAGCUGCUAGGUAUCCUGGGACCAACGUUACGUGCAGAGGUUGGAGAUACUUUGAAAGUGCACUUUAAGAAUCUGGCUAGUAAGCCUCUUACAGUUCAUCCACAAGGAAUUUCAUAUGGAAAACAUUCUGAAGGAACAAAAUAUGCUGAUGGUACAUAUUCAAUCGAAAAAAUGGAUGAUUUUGUUAUGCCGGGUGAAAUCUAUACAUAUAACUGGGAAAUUACAGAGGAUUUGGGGCCUAAAGAAACGGACCCUGACUGUUUAACCAGUAGUUAUUAUUCAAUGGAAAACCCAGUGCAAGAUGUGAAUUCUGGAUUGAUUGGGGCAUUGCUAAUAUGUAAAAAAGGUAGCCUAAAUGAUGACGGAACACAAAAGAACUUCAACAGAAAUUAUGUUCUGAUGUUCGGUGUGUUUGAUGAAAGUAAAAGUUGGCAAAACGUUCCAGCAACAAAUUUAAUGUAUACCGUGAAUGGAUAUGUAAAUGGAGCUAUACCAGCAUUUACAGCCUACGUUGAUGACAGAAUUAGUUGGCAUAUACUGGGUUUGAGUUCCAAACCUGAAUCUUUUUCUAUUCAUUUCUUUGAAAACUCCCUGGAGCAAAGGCAUCAUAGAGUCUCUGUAAUAAGUCUUGCUAGCAUGGCAUCUACAACCGCUAACAUGACUGUGUCACAAGCUGGCACAUGGAAGAUAUCUUCUCUUGUAGAAAAACAUUUUGAAGCCGGCAUGCAUGGCCAUUUGACGGUGGAGUCACGUGAUGCCCCAAAACACAAUACACCCAAAAAGUCAGUUUUUCAAACAAGGUACAUUAAAAAGUGGGAUUACUAUGUAGCUGCAAUUGAAGUUGACUGGGAUUAUGCAUCUGGAACUUUAGAGAACUCUGAGAAAACAUACUGCCAACAUCCAUUUAAAAAAGUAGUCUAUAAGCAAUAUACUGAUAGCACUUUCACAGAAAAAAUGGAUAGUCCUAAAGAACUUGGAAUGAUUGGACCAGUGAUCCGGGCACAGGUCAGGGACACAAUAAUGGUUGUAUUUAAAAACAUGGCUAGUCAGCCCCACAACAUUUAUCCACAUGGCGUGUCAUUGCAACGAUUCUUUAAAGGAUAUGUUCCAGACGGAAUAGGUGAUGAGACACAGAAUAGCACAGUGAUGCCAGGAGAAACAGCUACCUAUUUCUGGACUAUACCGGAAACUGAUGGACCUACAAAAAGUGACCCGCUGUGUUUAACAAGAAUAUAUCAUAGUACUGUUAAUAUAAUAAAGGAUCUGGCCUCUGGACUUCUUGGCACACUUCUUAUUUGCAAGUCCAUGACAUUAGAUACUAGAGGACUACAGGAAAAAACCGAUAGAGAACAAGUUGCAAUGUUUACUGUUUUUGAUGAGAACAAAAGCUGGUACUAUGAACAUAACAAACCAAAAGCCUGCAACAAAGUACUGAACAAAGAUUCAAAGAGCCUAUACAAUUCCUAUGUCAUCAACAGCAUUAAUGGAAAUAGCUAUGAAAAUGCAAUUCUUGGAUUUUGUCAAAGCGAUGUUGUCCAUUGGCAUGUUUCAAGUGUAGGGCUGCAAGAUGAAGCCAUUACAUUACAGCUUAGCGGCCAUACUUUCCGAUACAAACUGGGAUAUGGAGAUAUGAUGACGCUCUUUCCAAUGACUGGUGAAACUAUUUCCGUUGAAAUGAAUAAUGAAGGUGUCUGGAUAUUUGGAAAUUAUAACUCUAAAGUUACAACUCUGAGAUUUCGGGAUGCAAAAUGCCCAGAGGAUUAUGAAUAUGAAGAGGAUGAAAUAUUUCAUGAAUAUCCAGAAACAAUAUCAGAUACAAGAGUAAACUUUGAAGAAAUAGAAACAGAAUUAGAUAAAGAAGACUUGGACUACAAUGACGGAUGGGCAGAAAUGCUUAACAUUCGGUCACAUAAAAACAGUAUCGGAGCGAUAGAUGAGAGUGUAAAUCUUACUGCUUUAGCCAUAGAAGAUAUGUCUGAAAGUAGUAAUGAAAAUAGACAAGUUUCUGUAAACUCAACCCAGGGAAAUAAAAGCUACUCAUCCGAGUCCAGUGAAGAAGAUUUUCUUCUGAAAGAUGUCAAUAAGUACUCCUCAAAAGAUGAUAAUUUAAAUACAAGAAAUGGAAGCGAAGGCUUUAAUGGAACAAAUGGGAUGCAAAUGGUUCUUCUCGAUCAGCGGGACAAGUUAAAUCAAACAGAAGAAGACCUGGAUGACUGGACACAACAGCACAGCACAGUAACUGGACCCAACAGCACAGUAACUGAACCCAACAGCACAGUAACUGACCGCAACAGCACAGUAACUGGACGCAACAGCACAGUAACUGGACCCAACAGCACAGUAACUGGACCCAACAGCACAGUAACUGGACCCAACAGCACAGUAACUGGACCCAACAGCACAGUAACUGGACCCAACAACACAGACUUGGAAAGUGAACCAAAUGAUAUCCUACCAAAUGAUGAUCAUGGAAGUUAUUCCACAUUAUACCUCGAAGAAUCCUCUAUAGAGGAGGAAGAUAGAAAAUCAAUACAGCUGCAAAGCAAUGGAUCAGAAGUUUCAAAUCUGAAAAAAAGAUAUGCAGAACAUGAUGAUGGAAAUUCCUCCAGUGAAAAUGUCAUUGAAGAUGCAAAGAAUGAAUUACAGAAUUCCGUUACUGACAAUAGUGAUCCCCAGUCUGGUGAUAUCCCAAUAUCAAAUGACAUUUUUGCAGUGGAGAGACCUAAAAACAUCACAGAGUUAUCACAAUUAGAUAUUGAUACAAGUGAACUAACACAGCAAAUGGAUCAGAAUUAUGACAAGACUCCAGUAACAUCAACGUAUGAAAGCAAGUCAGAUCCAGGCAGUGGAGGGAACCAAGUGCCUACUAGAGCAUCACCAUCAGUUGUGCUAACUCCUACAACUACACCUGACAAUGCCCAUAUAGAAAUGCAUACGACCACAUCAGUUUCUUCUCAAAAUGACAUAAAUGAUGUUCACGAUGCAGAACUCGUAGACAUGUUUGGACGUCAUAUAGUUGAAGAUAUCAUGAAAAAUAUAUUUCUCCAGGAACAAAGUGAUGAAACAAACAGCCAAGAGAAUGAAGAAUUACUAUUCAAUAAAACUGUAGAAAAGAACCUUGAGGAGCCCCAAAAUCAGUCAAUAACAACUACAAGUAACGUGAUAGUAGAGGAAAACAAUGAUAAUGUUAAAGUUAGAAAAAAGGUGUAUUACAAAAAGAUGAACACAUUUGAAAAUGGCCAAGAAAAACCCCUGAUAUUGGUCAGAAGAAAGAAAAAGAUAGUAAAGAAGAUUAAAGAAAAAAGAACUGCAGUAAAUGGACACGGCUAUAAGAAAAAUGAGACCUUGUAUAAUGAAUACAUGGAGUCAAAUAAUUCUUCACACAGUGAUAGAGGGAAUGGGUCAUUUACUCCAAGAGGGUUUAGUCCGAGAGGACAUAAUCCUAAUAGUCUAAAUCCCAGAGGAUUCAAUCCCCAUGAACGUACAUCUGAAAUUGUAAUUGGAGUAUCCAGAGGAGAGGAAGGCGAUUAUGCAGAGUAUGACCAUGAUGCAAGCUUCUUAAUAAAUGAAGGAAAAAACAAACCUCGGCAUAUUAUAUAUGAAGAGCCAUACAGAAUAGAGACAGAGGAUGAUGUAAACCGCUAUACUAACCCAGAUAGGAUAGUAGAAAAUUUCAUGAGAACAUCAAAAGGAAUGAAAAGGAAUUACUAUAUUGCGGCUGAGGAAGUUCAGUGGGACUACACAGGAGGCUCAAGGAGAAACCAAGUAAAUGAAAAACCUAUAGGUGAAAGAGGACAAAAUGUGUACAGAAAAGUAGUAUUUCGACAGUACCUCGACAACACAUUUACAAAACCUGAUGUAGAAGGUGAAUAUGAAGAACAUCUUGGCAUACUUGGACCUGUAAUUAGAGCUGAAGUUGAAGAUGCCAUCCAGGUGACUUUUAAAAAUCUAGCAUCACAGCCAUAUUCCAUUCAUGCACAUGGGGUGUCUUAUGAAAAGUCGUCAGAGGGCUACAGGUAUGAUGAUGAAACCAAGGAGUGGCUGAAGAAGGAUGAUAUCGUGCAGCCUCAGGAAUCCUAUGUCUAUGUGUGGUAUGCCACACAACAGUCAGGACCUGAGUCAGAAGGUUCUGCAUGCAGAACAUGGGCCUAUCACUCAGGUGUUAACCCGGAGAAAGACAUUCAUUCAGGCCUUAUUGGUCCCCUGAUUAUCUGCAGACCUGGCACUCUUGAUAAGCAAAGCAACCGCCCAGUGGAUGCACGAGAAUUCAUAUUGUUGUUCAUGUCUUUCAAUGAAGAAAAAAGUUGGUACUAUGAUAGGAACUCAAAAAAAAUGUGUACAGACAUUACUGAAAAAUCAUCAGAUGGAAUGAUUUGUCCUGUCUUUCAUGCCAUAAAUGGAAUUACUUAUAACCUUCAAGGUUUUAAUAUGUAUGAGAAUGAACUUGUGAGAUGGCACCUGUUGAACAUGGGAGGACCAAAAGAUAUUCAUGUGGUUAAUUUCCAUGGCCAAAUGAUGACGGAAAGGAUUAAGGCUGAAUUUCAGUAUCCAGCAUACCCCCUAAUGCCUGGUACAUUUGCUACAGUUGAAAUGAAGCCACCAAGGGCAGGUAUCUGGCUGCUCGAUACGGAAGUUGCAGAAUAUCAGCAAGCAGGAAUGCAAACAGUAUACAAUGUUGCAGAAAAAGGGUGUAACUUUCCUCUUGGCCUGUCAAGCAGAAUAAUAUCCGAUGAGCAGAUUACAGCAUCACAUUACAUAGAUCCUUGGGAGCCUAGGUUAGCCAGACUUAAUAACGGGGGCUCAUACAAUGCAUGGAGUGCACAUAUUAAUAAAUCCUCACUGCCAUGGAUUCAGGUGGAUUUGCAAAAGACCUUCUUAAUCUCGGGAAUACAAACCCAGGGGGCGAGUAAACAUUUGAGCUGGUAUUACAUCAAAGAGUUCUUUAUUGCAUAUAGUAAAGAUAAGAAAAAGUGGAAUGUUUAUAAAGGAAACAGCACAGCAAUACAUAAGGUUUUUGAUGGCAAUUCUGACUCCUCGAGCAUAAAAGAAAACCAGUUUGACCCUCCAAUUGCUGCACGAUACUUCAGGUUAUAUCCUACAAGGUUUAACAAUCAGCCUGCUCUUCGAAUGGAGCUAUUUGGAUGUGAAAUACAAGGUUGUUCUGCCCCACUUGGUUUGGAGAACUAUAAAAUCAAAGAUGAGCAAAUAACAGCUUCCUCAUACAAGACUCCCUGGUUCCUUUCUCCAUGGGUACCAUCACUGGCACGUCUUAAUAAAGCUGGUAGUAUUAAUGCUUGGCAAGCAAAGUCAAACAACAAUCAGCAGUGGCUGCAAAUCGAUUUCCUUGUGAAAAAGAAAAUCACUGGAAUAAUGACACAAGGUGCCACAUCCUUAACAAGUGAGCUGUAUGUAAAGUCCUACACUGUGCAAUACAGUGACAAUGGAAAGAACUGGAAGGCCUACAUGGACAGUUCCACAUCAAUGGAAAAGAUAUUUAAAGGAAACAGCAAUGCCCAAGGAUAUGUCAAGAAUGAAUUCGAUCCACCAAUAUUUUCACAAUAUCUGAGGAUUAUUCCCAAAAGCUGGAAUCAAAGUAUUGUGAUGAGGCUAGAAGUCUAUGGCUGUGACCUAUAGAGCAUUGCACUUUGUACUGACUUAUAUUGCACCAUCAGUUAGUUACAAGGGUUGAAGUUUUCAGUAUUCUAGAAACCCGCUAGACAUCCAGCAGACUUUUUAGUGGUUUGAGGCUUCUGAAUGUUCAUGCAAUUUCUGCUUCUUGAUUCUUUUUUUUUGCGUUUAUUAUUUAUAUCUUUUGUUCUGAACUAUGUUUGAUAUUAUGAUACCAAAGCUUUUUGUAUAAUGCAUAUUAUUCAUUGGGACCUAUUUUUCUACAUCCUUACUCUGUUCCUAUCUUACUGUAGAAGAAUGUAUUAUACAGUUUAAACUAUGGACAUUUUUAAUGACCAAAAUAGUUUUUUGCAGUAAAAAUU